CAGCAUUCGAUCAUCAGUUGGAGGCCACUCAAAAGCUUGUCCAUGGCCGCUCCUCUGCUUCUCAGAGGCGUCCCUGUCCUCCGCCUCCGGCUGCACCACCAGGUGCGUCUUGCCGCUGGACUCCUUUCAGUACCCCGCCGGCCUUGGUGCGCUGCAGCCGAGUCGGCCAAUCGCGAAGAGGAUGCAUCAGCUGCAGACAAGAACGCCUCAGUGUUGAGUGUCAGAGAACCACCGAAGUACCACAGGUGGGAUGACCCUGAUUACAGGAAAUGGAAGGAUAUGGAGGAGGAGAUCCUUCGAGAUGUGGAACCUGUUGUAAUGCUGACUAAAGAGAUACUUCACUCUGAUAGGUAUGGGGAUGGAGAACGUUUAACAGCAGAAGAUGAGAGAGCUGUGGUGGAGAAGCUUCUUGCUUUUCAUCCACAUGCUGAAGAUAAAAUUGGAUGUGGGCUUGAUUCUAUCAUGGUUGAUCGACACCCUCAAUUUAGACACUCAAGGUGUCUCUUUGUAGUAAGAACUGAUGGUGGCUGGAUUGAUUUCUCAUACCAGAAGUGUCUUCGAGCAUACAUUCGAGAUAAGUACCCAUCCUAUGCAGAAAGAUUUAUUCGAGAACAUUUUAAACGUUAGUGGUUGAUCCAAGAAAAUCUUAGUGCUAAUGUCUGUACUCAACUGAGUUUUACGUCUCUAGAGUUGUUUUUAAUAUUUUGCUCGUUUAGAAUUUGGUUUGCCCAUUGAUGUCAUAAUCUAUAUAUAAUAUCUAAAGCCUGAAUCUGCUAUUGUCAAUAUGUAGCAGGAUCUUCCUUGACUAGCAUUUCAAGUUUGUUUGAAAAAUGAAGCCAAAGAAAAUGAUUGAUAUGAA